GCAUCUCGACGCAGAUGUGGAUUCAAUGUCUGAUGACUCUUCAACCGCUGAUGGAGGAAGCGAUGGCACCGAUGGAGACCGACUGUCCGACGACUCUCGACUGUCCGACGACUCUCGGGACGAGGAGUGGGCCGCAAAAUGCAUGGAAGCUUUCCAGGACAUGGAGGAAGAUGUUGAGGCUCCCGAGAUCGACAGCAUGGAGCCCUCGCCGAUGUCCCAAGAAGAG